GUAUAAAUCCCCCCCUCUUCCUUCCCUCGUUUCGCCAUUGAAGCUCUCUUCUUCUUCUUCUUCUUCUUCACAGUGGGACAGACAAGAUUUCUUCUGUUCAUACUAAUCUCUCUCUCUCUCUCUCUCUCUCUCUCUGUGAUUGUGAAUGAAAUGGGAGAGAUGGGUGCUGGGUUUACUGUUAGAAUGUUCGUUUGGUUCUUACUAGGGUUUUUGCUUCUGGGCUCUGAAAUCGUCCAAUGCAGCGUCACAUAUGACCGUAAGGCGCUUGUAAUCAAUGGGCAGAGGCGAAUCCUCUUCUCUGGUUCCAUACAUUACCCACGAAGUACUCCCGAUAUGUGGGAAGGUUUGAUUCAGAAAGCGAAAGACGGAGGCAUUGAUGUGAUUGAGACCUACGUCUUCUGGAAUCUCCACGAGCCAACCCCUGGAAAAUACGAUUUUGAAGGGAGGAAUGAUUUGGUGAGAUUCGUCAAGACUGUUCAGAAGGCUGGUCUGUACGCUCAUCUUCGAAUUGGACCUUAUGUUUGUGCCGAGUGGAAUUUCGGAGGAUUCCCUGUUUGGCUGAAGUAUGUCCCCGGAAUUAGCUUCAGAACAGAUAAUGAGCCUUUCAAGAGGGCGAUGAAAGGGUUCACUGAGAAAAUAGUUGAACUAAUGAAGAGUGAGAGCUUGUUUGAGUCUCAGGGUGGUCCUAUUAUCCUUUCUCAGAUAGAGAAUGAGUAUGGGAAACAAGCUCAGAUAUUUGGUGCUGAAGGUCACAAUUACAUGACAUGGGCUGCUAAAAUGGCCGUAGAAACUGAUACUGGUGUCCCCUGGGUCAUGUGCAAGGAAGACGAUGCCCCUGAUCCUGUGAUAAACACAUGCAAUGGUUUCUACUGUGAUUCAUUUGCUCCGAACAAGCCCUACAAGCCUGCAAUAUGGACAGAGGCAUGGAGUGGCUGGUUCACUGAGUUCGGUGGCCCCAUACACCAGAGACCAGUUCAAGAUUUGGCCUUUGCCGUUGCCCGGUUCAUACAGAAGGGAGGAUCAUUUGUUAACUAUUACAUGUAUCAUGGAGGAACUAAUUUUGGACGAACAGCUGGAGGUCCUUUUGUAAGCACCAGCUAUGACUACGAUGCCCCGAUAGAUGAAUACGGUUUAAUCAGACAGCCAAAAUAUGGACAUCUGAAAGAGCUCCACAGAGCUAUCAAGUUGUGCGAAAAGGCUCUGGUUUCAGCUGAUCCUACUGUCACGUCCCUAGGAAACAAGCAACAGGCUCAUGUAUACUCUUCAGAAUCAGGGGGGUGUUCGGCUUUCCUAGCGAACUACGACACAGAAUCAGCAGCGAGAGUACUGUUUAACAACAUGCACUACAACUUGCCUCCUUGGUCAAUUACCGUUCUUCCUGACUGUAGAAAUGCAGUCUUCAAUACUGCAAAGGUGGGAGUUCAAACAUCGCAAAUGCAAAUGUUGCCUACAAACACGGAAAUGUUCCGGUGGCAGAGUUAUUUCGAAGAUCUUUCUUCAGUGGAUGACAGCUCCACUUUCACUACUCCAGGACUCCUGGAGCAGAUAAAUGUUACACGGGACACAAGUGACUACCUUUGGUACAUCACUAGCGUUGAUAUUGGCCAAACGGAAUCCUUCUUGCAUGGAGGAGAACUACCAACGCUCAGUGUUCAAUCAACCGGCCAUGCUGUUCAUGUCUUUGUCAAUGGACAGCUCUCUGGUUCUGCCUUUGGAACGAGAGAAAACAGGAGGUUCAGAUAUACUGGUAAGGUCAAUCUGCAUGCUGGAACGAACAAAAUCGCACUUCUGAGUGUUGCUGUUGGAUUACCGAAUGUGGGCGGACACUUUGAGUCGUGGAACACGGGAAUUCUAGGUCCGGUGGCGUUGCACGGGCUUGAUCAGGGGAAAUGGGAUCUCUCGUGGCAGAAAUGGACAUACCAGGUUGGCCUGAAAGGUGAAGUUAUGAAUCUUGCAUAUCCAACAAGCGGUUCCUCUGUGGAGUGGAUGGAGGCAUCAUUAGCUGUACAGAAGGCUCAACCUCUGACAUGGCACAAGGCUUUCUUUGAUGCUCCUGAAGGAGACGAGCCCCUUGCUUUGGACAUGCAAGGAAUGGGAAAGGGUCAAAUCUGGGUGAACGGAGAAAGCAUCGGGAGAUAUUGGACUGCGUUUGCAACCGGGAACUGCAACCAUUGUAGCUAUGCCGGAACAUAUAAGCCCACCAAGUGCCAAACUGGCUGUGGUCAACCUACUCAAAGAUGGUACCAUGUGCCACGUUCAUGGUUAAAGCCGGGACAGAACCUGUUGGUGAUAUUUGAGGAACUUGGAGGGAACCCAUCAACUAUAUCCCUCGUAAAGAGAUCAGUAUCAAGCGUUUGUGCUGAAAUAUCAGAAUACCAUCCAAACAUCAAGAACUGGCAAAUCGAAAACUAUGGAAAAGCAGAAGAUUUCCGCACACCAAAGGUUCACUUGAGGUGCCGACCUGGUCAAACCAUAUCAUCCAUCAAAUUCGCAAGUUUCGGUACCCCUUUAGGAACAUGCGGGAGCUACCAACAAGGACAGUGUCACGCCCCUGCCUCAUAUGCCAUCUUAGAGAGGAAAUGCGUAGGGAAGCAGAGAUGUGCAGUGACGGUAUCCAACAGUAAUUUCGGGCAAGACCCGUGUCCGAACGUGUUGAAAAGAUUGUCAGUGGAAGCUGUUUGUGAUCCGGUUACAUCCACCGCCAACGGUAGAGGCUAAAAGCCAAACCAGUUACAACAACGACCCCUUUCGGUUCCAACUGUAUCCAAAACCAUUAACCAUACAGCAGAAGACAUGACAGGAAGAAAACCCCAAGUCAGAAACAUAAGCUUUGUGUCAAGAGAGUGUGUAGUUUGAACAGAGAACUUGUUUUUAGAGUAGUCUUGUAGAGUAGACCUGGGCAAAUCUCCGGGUCGGAAAACGCACGGUCACCGGUCACCGGCCUUUUAAACCGGUUGCAGAGGCCAGGGUUCAUUGGGUCAGAGUGAUUUUUAGUUUAUGUGUUUGUAGUUGAAGGGGAAAAGGGAAACAGAGUACCCGACGACAAGAGCUCAUGUUAGGAGUGGGAAUCCUAGUGUGACUUGUUCCUUGAAACGUGUUUGUGUUCUUCUUGUCCUAA